UUCGCGUGGCUCGGGUGCGAAGAGCCGGUCGUCCCGCGGCCCCUCUUCCCUCUUGGAUCCCCUGUCCUCUUCCCCCUUCCCGCCCAGGCCCACGGUGCGAGGCUGGGAGCCGCCGCCCGGGCCGCGCCGCGCCGCGCUGUCCCUGAAGGGCACAAGUCAGAGCACAUCAUGCCUCCUAAUAAAGAUGCCAGCAGUCUUAACAGCUCGGCAGCAGGGCUCAUCUGCCUCCCACCCGUCUCUGAGGAGCUACAGCUUGUCUGGACUCAAGCAGCCCAAACCAGCGAGCUGGAUGGAAACGAGCACCUGCUGCAAACCUUCAGCUACUUCCCCUAUCCAAGCCUGGCAGAUAUCGCUCUCCUCUGCCUUCGGUAUGGGCUGCAGAUGGAGAAGGUAAAGACCUGGUUCAUGGCCCAGCGCCUCCGCUGUGGCAUUAGCUGGUCCUCUGAAGAGAUCGAGGAGACCCGAGCCCGCGUGGUGUACCACCGAGAUCAGCUCCAUUUCAAAUCUCUCCUCUCUUUUACGCAUCACGCAGUGCAGCCCCCACAGGAGCUGCCUCCAGUGGCCCCUCCAGAGCAUGUUGCUCUUGGACUGUGUCCUCCAGCGCUGAGUGAGCCCAGUGAGAUGAAAGAACUGAAGGUUGAGCCUGAGGGGUCCUCGCGGGUACCACAGCUGCCACAGUGUCAUCAGAAAGUGAAGGAACCUCUGAUGACAGGCAGCAGAGCAUCCCCCCACCAAUCAGAUUUUUGUCAGGAUCUUCAGAUCAGUGGCAUCCCUCAGGAGCAGGCAGGCAGGGGUCCCGACCAGUCAUGUGGAGGGCCUGCUUCUUGGAAAAACUGCACAGCUGUCCAUCAGCCAGAGAAAACCCCACUGAUCUCACUACUUGACAGUAGUGGUGAGGAGGAAUCUGUACCUUGUGGGACACCUCCAUCUUCUUCCACCUCUUCUCCCUCUUUCCAGGUUUUGGCUAAUGGAACCACUGCCACCCCUAAACCCCUUCAGCCUUUGGCCUAUAUCCCACAGUCAUUCUUACCUAGUGAGCAAGCACUGUCUCCACAAGUAGAGCUACCCUGGCCCCAAAGGCUACGGAAUAACUCAGUAGCAAGUAGGGCUGGCCCCACAGAAUACCUUUCCCCAGAUACGCAACACCAGCGAAAGACUAAGCGUAAAACCAAAGAACAGCUGGCCAUCCUCAAAUCCUUUUUUCUACAAUGCCAGUGGGCACGACGGGAAGAUUACCAUAAACUGGAACAGAUCACUGGUUUACCGCGCCCUGAGAUCAUUCAGUGGUUUGGCGACACGCGGUAUGCCUUGAAACAUGGACAGCUGAAGUGGUUUCGGGACAAUGCAGUGCUUGGUAGCCCUAGUUUUCAAGAUCCAGCCAUUCCUACCCCAUCAACUCAUUCCUUGAAAGAAUGGGCCAAGACACCACCUCUGCCAGCCCCACCACCCCCACCAGAUAUACAACCUUUGGAGAGGUACUGGGCAGCCCACCAGCAACUGCAGGAAGCUGAUAUCCCUAAACUGAGUCAGGCAUCAAGGCUUAGCACUCAGCAGGUGCUGGACUGGUUUGACUCUCGAUUGCCUAAGCCAGCAGAGGUGGUAGUUUGUCUAGAUGAAGAGGAGGAGGAGGAGGAUGAAGAACUUCCAGAAGAUGGUGAGGAAGAAGAGGAGGAGGAGGAAGAUGAUGAUGAUGAUGAUGAUGAUGUAAUCAUACAGGACUGAGGGAGGCUAAGGCAAAGGGGAUUCUUAUUACUGAAGAUUAACCAACUUACUGACUUUUCAGAGCUUUUUGAAAUUACUCUUGUUACAAAGAACUAAAAAGCAAUGUUCUUCAGAGUGAGCAAAGGGGGUAAUUUGAUGGUAGACUGGAUACAAACUAAAGUACAGCAUCAGCACAAAUCCAGUUCUCCAGUGUCCAUGUAGAGAGGGCUAGGGAUUCGGGCAAACAAUGGCUAAAAGGGGCUCUUGUUCUUUUUCUUUAGUACACUUAAGCCAUGUCUCAGCCCCCAUCUGUAGGGAACUUGGAUGGAGAGAAGUAAUGUGAUACCACUGAUCCCAGUGCCCCCCCAAAUCCCACCACUUAUCAGAGAAUAUGGCUGCUUGUGCCUGUCCCUGUCUUUGUGAUAUUAUAGUCAUGCAUGUUGCAACUACUGUCUGCAGUCCUCGGCUCUGCUACAGACGCUCCUUCAUCCCAUCUGACGUCGUUCUACUCGCUUUCGCACUCACAGCAGCAGAAUGCUCUUGCUUCUGUUACUGGGACCAAUCUGCCUUCUGUCAUUUUAUUUCUAGGAAACUCCCCCUUUGCUCACUAUUGUCUCAGGGUAAAUCUUUACACAGAGUUUGUGAAAAUUUUUAAUAAUCAGAUUGUAAAUAUUAGUCUGUAUAUUUAUUGGAAGUGGGAAUUACGGGAUUUGUCUUUUAAAGCAUAGAUGAGCCAGGCACAGUGCCUCUGACUACUAUAUUUGGCCCGUAGAGGCAGGAUGAUGAAGGAGUUCAAGGCCAACCUGGACUAUGUGAGGCUGUCUUGAAACAAGUGUGACAGAAGGACAGUGUGAUGGUGACAGGUUUGGAUUUACAAACCUGACACUAAUUUCUGUCCAGAUUGAGUAACAGAUUGUUUUUGGUUUUCUGUUUUUACUUUGUUUUGUUUUUUCCUUUUUUGCUACUGGAUCAAUUUGUAUCUAACAAGAGAUGUUUCCCUAUUUAUAGGAUCUGUCUUGGGGACAGAAGGACCAUGAUCUUCUAAUUCAACGAUGUUCUAGAAUAAAUUUCAACAUGGGGGAUCACUGGGAACAGUUGGUUAGUCAUCUGAAAAUAGAAUGCAAACCCCAAAUUGCUAAAAUAAAA